AUGUAACAUCUCAGCUACCCUCCUGAUAAAAAAAUUUAGAAUUACUAGUUUAGUUUUCGAGCCAAAUUAGGCAAGGGUGCUUAUGGUACAGUUUAUGCUGGCAGAAACACCUUGGAUAGUAUAUAAGCAUUUCUAAUUUUUAGAUAAAAUUGUUGCACUUAAAGUAAUUGAUAAAAAAUUGCUUCUUACAGAUUAUGCAAAUCAAUUAAUAGCAUCAGAAAUCGAAAUAAUGAAAAAGAUUAAUGAUUCUCAUGUUGUUAAAUUUUUGGAUGUUUUACAAAGUGCUAAUAAUACAUACAUAAUAACUGAGUUUUGUAAUGGAGGAGACUUAAGGGAAUUCAUUAAGAAUAGAAAGUACUAUAUUCAUAUAUUUAGAGUUAUUCCAGAAGAUGAAGCUCUCAAGAUAAUGAAUGAUUUAUUGCUAGGAAUUAAAGCUUUACUUAAAAUUGGAAUCAUUCAUAGAGACAUUAAACCAGCCAAUAUUUUAAUUCAUGAUAAUCAGUUCAAAAUCACUGAUUUUGGUUUUGCAAAACAAAUUGAUGCAAAUCUAGACACUAUUAUGAAUUCAUUAGUUGGUACUCCAUUAUACAUGAGUCCUUAAAUUUUAAAAAGAACAAAAUAUUCAUCAAAAUGUGAUGUUUGGUCAUUAGGUUUAAUUUUAUACGAGAUGCUUUACGGAAUGACACCUUGGCAUUCUUAAAAUCUAGUUGAAUUAAUGAAUAAAUUGGAUUCUAAAGUAAAAAUUUUAUUUUAAUAAAAUAGCCUUUGUCUUUUCCAGUACAUCCUUAAGUCUCAGAAAAUACAAAGAAACUAAUCAGAGGUUGUCUAUAAAUUAAUGAAGAAAAAAGAUGGAGUUGGGAAGAUCUAUUCAAUUCUGUUAAUAUUAAUCUUAAUACAAUUGAAAAUAAAUAAGAAUCACCAACUUCAACAGUUAAAGAAGAUACUUAAAUAGCAACUCAGAGAGAAAACUAAAAUUAUAGUCAAUCAAAAUACUCAAUAUAAAUGUUAAGAAUAAAAUAACGAACUGAAUCCUUAUGUCAAUAAAUCAAUAAACAUAAUAGGAGUUUUAGUAAUACAGCUUUUCUUACAAAUGAUAUUGCCAAAAGAUAUGAAAAUAAAACUCCAAUCAAUGAUAAAUAAAAAUAAGCUACUAGUUAUUUAGAUCUGAAAGAAAAAUAAAACCCUUUUAAAGUAGAGAGGGAAAGAAGUAGCUCUUAAAACUCAAAGUUUCACACUUAAAGAUCUGAAUUAAACAGUUAUUUAGAAAAGAUCCAUAAUGUUCAAUAAAAGCUAAAUAGUAAUAACGAUUCAUGCCGAACACCAAGUGCGUUAUAAUCACAUUCAACAAAUACUUCUAAUAAAUAAAACUAUGAUUUAGAUUUAGUAAAAGUCUCUGAAUUUUAAUUUGAAGACAACAAAGGAGCUGAUUGUUUUACUUUAUUUAGAAAUCCAAAGACAGAAAGAGUAAAAAGAACUAAUAGUUUAAGUGGGAAUUUCGGUUAUUAAUAGCAUUCUCCAUUUUAAGGAAAAUCUUCAAUACAAUAACUCAUUAAAUCUUUAAGUAAUUAAUUGGAGCUUAUCCCCAAUCAUAUUAAUUGUAAAGUUGAGAUAAAUACAAUGAUUAUUUUGCAUAAGGAUUAAAUCAAUCGCGCACAAAAUAAACAAAUUUAUACAAAUUAAGAUUUGAGAGAUCUCAAAUUAAUGAUAAAUAAUCUGAUUUCCUAUUUAAAUUCUAAUUCAGGAGAACACUCCAGCAAAUAAUCCCAAGUUUUGCUUUUAUUAUUAUUAACUUAUCAUAAAGUGCUAAUUUUCAAUAUCAAAAAUAAUUCUUUAAACAUUGAUGUAUGUUUGGUAGAAUCUAUAAAAAAGAAUAUAAAAAUUUAGUAGAAUUAGAUGAAUAUCGAGUCAAAAUUAAUUAGAGAAUAAAUACAUUAAUUAAUGUGA